UCGAGGUUAUGCUUAAAUUUCGGUAUUUAUUAUUUUUAUUUUUUGGUUUUUAUAUUGUCUCAUCAGCUGAAAAAGGAAAUGAAGAAUCCCUAUUGGCGGAAGAACUGUAUAAAAAGUUAUAUAAACAACAACGAAGAGAACAAUUAGAUGCUAUUAAAAAGUUCCAAAAGUUAUCAAAUCAUAAAAAACAAUACUCUACGAUAAAUUUAAUGUCUCAAAAAAUUUUUGAAACUAUUAUAAACAGUAGAGUAUUGUUAGAAUCCUCUUCAUUUAUUCCUGGCGUUUCCAAUUUUCCUUUAGAAGAAAAAAUAAGAGAAGCUUUAUCCAACAUCUUAGAAAAUACUGCUUUGUUUUCGGAACUUGUUUUAAGAUUCCCCGAAAUUUCUAGUAAUCUAUUAAAGAGUAAUAAUAACUGGAAUUUGGUUUUUCAAUGGGGAAUAGCUUUUAGUUAUCAAAUGAAAUAUCUUCUCGACGAAAAUACUAUUACCUUAUUAAAAUUAGUCGGUCAGGAACUAAAUCAUACAGAAAGGGACCCAAACUAUGUAAAUCCUUACAGAAAAGCACCAUUGAAAAGAGAUAAUGUGGAAGUAAUACCCCCAAAAAAGAAAUUGAGGAGAGUUAUAAAAAAAGGUCCGAAAUUAUCAGUUCACAAUGAAUUGUAAUAUAAUUUAAUUAUAAAUAAAUAUUUUUACUGCA